GAGCACGCGCCGCAGCUUAUGUCACGGCAGCAGCAGCAGUCGGUUCGGCGGAGGAGAGCGGAGGACGGGAUGAAGGAGAAGACGACGGUGAUGAUUGUGACCGUCACAGACAUUCUUUAACAGGAAAAAAAAAAUACCAAGCAGCUCUGCGAUGGAAGGAAAUGUUCCUGACCAGGAGCAGCUCCUGCAGUUUCUCCGGAGGCUCAAGGAGGUUUUCGAUGUCUGUGACGAAGAUGCGGACGGAUUCAUCCGCGUUGAGCACCUGGUGGACCUCGGGCUGCAGUUCGGCCAAGGAGACGAGGUGAAGAAGUUAACCAGGUACCUGGAUCCUAACGCUCAUGGGAAGAUCAACUUCAAAGACUUUUGCCACGGAGUGCUCGCCAUUAAAGGUUGUGAGGGGAUCCUGAAGAUGGCUGUGGGCCCUCGCAGUGUGGCCUCCACCCAGCCGUCUGUCACUGACAACGGUUACAUUUACCAGGUACAUUCAGGGUCGGCUCUAGAACAAAUCGAACGGGGGGGCAAUCAUUUACCACGGGGGGCACACACUGCCGUCAACAACCAACACACAAACACCAACGCAACUUCAAUUAAAACAAACAUGCCGUAA